GCCUGCGUCAAGCCCGACGCCGGCCUUCGCCGUCAGGGCCGCCCGCGGUAGUUUAAGGCGGCCCUGCCUACUAUCAUCCGGGCCGUGCUGAUGAGCAUGAUGGCCGGCAUGCUCCUCUACGUCGUGUACAUUUCCGGUUACGCCGGGUGGUGGGACGUAAUUAACUGCCCCGCGAACUGCUUUAUACCGUUGGAGAAGGGUGGCUCGCCGCGGCAGUGGACCAUCGCCCAGAUCUCCUUCGUGCUGUACAGGCACCUGCCCGCCAUCCAUUCGCUCUGGCAGAGGGAACGGGGCUGCUGGAUGAAGAAGCUGCGGCAUCGCCUCAUUGACGACAGGGGCUGUGAGUUCCCGUCGCCCGAGCCGUGGUGGUGGAAUAGGGGCUGGCGUUGCCGGAUCGCCAAGGGAACGUGCCAGUCGGGCCACGGAGUGAUGGCGGAUCGCGAGGUCGAGACCGAGAACGGGCUCGGGUUCGGACAGCUUGUUCCCCUGUUCCUGUUGCUGCUGCCCGUCCUGCAGUUGUUCGAAUAGAUAGCCGCCCCAAUAACAGCCAGCGGGAGUUGAUAUCACUACGAUCCUUCCGAGUGCGCAGGGAUCGCGGACAACAUGGCCACCCGGCGAGCCGCGGAAGUCAGAAUGAGCAACAGUCUCCAGCGCGGUUGGAAUACAGGUAUCUACACUUAGAAGGCGGAAGAAGUACUCCCCGAGAAGUAGCAAAAAAGGGUGGUGAUUGGCAAAGAGCAAACGAGCGCCUAGAGCGGGUGGUCAACGCAAAAUCUAGGAGAGCUCAAACGGCGUGCGCACUAUGCGAAAUCGAUCUAAG